CCAACAGCUGCAUCUAUUUCGGACAGAGAUUGUGAUACGAGAGAGGGAGAGACUGUAGCCAUGAACUAUAAGCCGUCCCCACUUCAAGUGAAAUUAGAGAAGCAGAGGGAGCUGGCUCGGAAGGGCUCCCUGAAGAAUGGCAACAUGGGAAGCCCAGUUAAUCAGCAGCCCAAGAAGAACAACAUGAUGGCACGAACAAGGCUCGUCGUUCCCAAUAAGGGCUAUUCGUCAUUAGACCAGAGUCCAGAUGAAAAGCCACUGGUAGCCCUGGAUACGGACAGUGAUGAUGACUUUGAUAUGUCCAGAUAUUCCUCCUCGGGAUACUCAUCAGCUGAGCAGAUCAACCAAGACUUGAACAUCCAGCUGCUAAAGGAUGGGUACCGGUUAGAUGAGAUCCCAGAUGAUGAGGACCUCGACCUAAUCCCCCCUAAAUCGGUCAACUCUACCUGCAUGUGUUGCCAAGCCACCUCCUCCACCACCUGUCACAUCCAGUAGUGAGGCCGGCAGGCUGUGUUCAGUGCUUUCCACUAUAACUGUAAAACAUAACAGCCAUUGCUUCCUCCUAUGGUAGGACGUACACUUCUUUGUGUUCAUGGAGCCAGGAGAAACC